CAAGACGGUCUCCAAGAUUAUUCUAUUAUUAUUGAAACGGACUCUAAACUGCUAGUGGAUAUGGUUAUGCAAAAGAUCAAGGCGUCAUGGAAAUUUUGGAAUAUUUUGGAUAGGAUUGCUUCUAUUCUUCAAAAUUUUAACUUUCAAUUCCAGCAUACCUAUCAUCAGGGUAAUAUAGUUGCUUAUUCAUUAGCUAAACAAGGAGUCUCUGAUAGAGUCUCUAAGAUAUAUGACUCCAAUGAUGGUCUCCCUAUCUCAAUAAGACUCCUCAUGCAGCAGGAUACAAGGAAAAUUAGAAAUUUGAGGAAGCGUAUUAUAACUUGA